AUGUGGCACCAAGCCUCUGGAGGUUUCUCUGGAGGUUUCUCUGGAGGUGGGUCGGGGGGCGGAUCUGGGGGAAGUUCCAAGGGGGGCUCCCGAGGGACCUCAGGGUCCUUCUCUAUGGUCACAAAGGGGGGAUCCAUCUCGUCCGCUUCCGGGUCCGGGGCCAGGAGGGGCCAGGCCUACUCCCCUGGCUACCAGAGGAAGGCGGUGGCCAGUCGCUCGGGCGGGUACGAAGAAAGUUCCAGUGGGAACUCCUCCCCAGAAUACACAAGGAAAGAGUACGGCUCUUCUGGCGCUUCAACUAGGGGGAGGAGCCAUAGCAGAGAGAGUGAAAUCAGAGCAAGACUGCAGAGUGCCUCUCCUUCUACCAGAUGGACGGAGCUGGACGAUGUGAAGAGGCUGCUGAAGGGCAAUCGGUCCAGCAGCGUCAGCCCCACCCGCUCCCCCUCCAGCACCCUCCCCAUUCCCCAGAAAGCCACUGUGGAGACCAGGAUCGUCACCGAGGGAUCCCAGUCAGUGUCUGCGCAGUAUGACACAGCCAUUCUGGAUUCAGUUCUGCCCUCGUACACAUGGACCAGCUCCACGCUGCCCUCUGGCUUCUCAGCUGUCAGCGGGAGCAGCUACCACACCGGCACCAAAAACCUGUCCUCUGACGGCAACCUCAUCGCCUCCACCUGUCCCUCCUCACUGUCAGUUCAUGGAGUUCAGAACAACCUGACGUCUGGCUCUCCUCCAAUCAGCAACGGUUUCUCUGGCAGCAGCACAGUGUACGGCUUUCAGAAUAACCUGGUCAGCACAACUGGCAACACUUUCAGUUCCACUGGGUCGCACGCACAUGCAGGAUAUGGGGUGCAGAAGAAUGUGUCUCAUACGGGGGUGGUCAGCACGGGAGUCUCCACCUCAACAGCUCCUGCAAGGUCACACAACGACAGUGACACCUUACUGAAAGACUUCAAGUUCCUGCUGCUGGAGAAGGAGAAAAUUCCCACAAAGAAAGACACUGAGCUGCUCAUCAUGACCAAAGACAGCGGCAAGCAGUUCACUACCGUCUCCACCAGGACUGGCAGGGGCUCAUUUUCUGAGGACUCUCUGAAGAAGGAGAAAAUGGAUUUCAGCUACUCUGAACCUCCUCUGAAGGCGGACACAAACGCAUACUAUGGAUCUCAAAAGGCAUCAACAAAAGACAAGGCAACAUAUGCAGCUGUCCCAGAGAGUCGUAAAGAUGGAGGCUACGGAGGCGGUUGCUGUGGAGACUCCUGCUGCAGCUGGUGGAAGUGGCUGCUGGGAUUGCUCCUGGGUCUGCUGUUCCUGCUCGGCCUCCUGUUCGGGCUCAUCGCGCUGGCGGAGGAGGUAAAGAGACUGAAGGCUCGGGUGGACGCUCUGGAUGGCACCAACAACAUUGGACGCACCAGUCGCCUCUCAUCGGACCCCAACAUCAACUUUGACAGCAGUAACACUGAAAACUCCGCUCUGAAAAACACCAUUCAGCAGUUGGUGUGGUCUGAGCUGCGGUCCGACUCAGUUAAGGCCUCACUUGCUUCAUCCAUGAAAGGAGAAAAAGGAGAUGCUGGACCCAAAGGUGACCAAGGUGUUCCUGGACCCAAAGGUGAUCCUGGUUUCCAGGGCAUGCCAGGUCCUCCAGGCAUUGCAGGUCACGCAGGGCCAGAAGGACCCAAGGGACAAAAAGGAAGUGCAGGUGAGAAUGGAGCUGAGGGCCCACCUGGGCUCCGGGGUCGAGAGGGGCCGGCGGGGCCACGUGGAGAGCCGGGACCCGCAGGGUUUGGAGAGAAGGGUGACAGAGGUGCUACGGGAGAGCCUGGCAUUCCAGGAUUUCCUGGGCUGCUCGGCCCAGUGGGACCUAAAGGUGCAACGGGUGCUCAAGGAGCCACAGGUGCCCCAGGUGCACCAGGUCCACCGGGUUUCCGCGGUGAUGUUGGACUUCCUGGAUCAAAAGGAGACAGAGGGAUUGUGGGGCCUCCAGGAAGCAAAGGUGACCCUGGGGAGAAAGGACCACGUGGCACCACAGGAGAGCCAGGGCUUCCUGGACUCCAGGGACCAGCUGGAGAGAAGGGACCCAAAGGAUCUGUGGGCUCUCCUGGGCCCGAUGGGGAAAAAGGCUCCAGAGGUGACCAGGGACCAAUCGGAUUGCCAGGGGUUCGAGGACCAGCAGGACCACCAGGAGACACUGGCCUUCCAGGAACUCCAGGGCUACAAGGACCACCAGGGAUACCAGGAAAUCCUGGCCUGCCUGGAGCCAAAGGUGAUGCGGGUGAACCAGGCAGAGUCAUUACUACAGGAGGUGGAUCCAGCUCUCAAGUGCACAUCCCUGGCCCCCCUGGACCUUCUGGCCCCCCUGGUCCUCCUGGAUCUCCAGGAUUGUCAGGUCCCAUUGGCCCUGCUGGGGUUCCUGGCCAACCUGGUCGUGCAGGUGAGAAGGGAGAGAAGGGAGAUAAGGGUGACCAGGGAGAACCCGGCAUCGUUGUGAAAACCUCUGAAUCACUCACCCACACCAGCAGGGGGGGACAGUACACAGAGGGGGCUCCUGGAAAACCAGGGCCUUCAGGAUCUCCAGGGCAACCAGGACAACCAGGACAACCAGGGCCACCGGGGCCACCGGGCCCGGCAGGGGCCCCUGGACCUCAAGGGCCCCCAGGGUCAUAUGGCUACACAGUCCAUUGUCUCUCCCUCCAGGAGAGGCUCGGAGAGGGUUACCGGGUCCUCCAGGACCUCCAGGCCUCCCUGGUCCUCCAGGAGAGCCAGAUACCUUCUUCUCUGGAGUUCCCGGACCUGCUGGCCCCCCCGGGCCUCCUGGCCCCCCUGGUAGCCAUGGACCAAGGGGAUUCCAAGGGGAACCAGGUCAGCCUGGUCUCCCAGGAAGUCCUGGCAGCCCUGGUGAACCUGGACGAGGUGCUCCAGGCCUCCCGGGUCCACAGGGACCCCCAGGCCCCAUGGGACCAGUGGGACCCCGAGGGCCAGAGGGCGCUAAAGGCAAGUGAGGCUGGAGUUCCAGGUGCUCCUGGAAUUCCUGGAUCAUCAAGAGGUUCAGGUUCAGUAUCCAGAACCUUCCAAGGACCUCCUGGGCCACCUGGUCCUCCCGGGCAACCUGGUCGAGAUGGUUCUGGAGGGUCUGACUUCCGUCAGUACAUAGCAGAAUACCUUCGAAGUGAUAGUGUCAGGCAGUACCUGGUCGGCCCUCAGGGUCCCCCUGGCCCACCUGGAGCACCAGGUUUAAGCGGACUGUCUGUGGAGGACAUAGCGACUCGUGUCAUUGCCUACCUUCAGAGGACAGGCUAUGUCAGUGGUGUCAGUGGCUCUCCAGGACCUCAAGGUCCCCCCGGACCCCCAGGAUCUGUGUCCACCAAUGACAUCAUCUUGCUGCUUCAGAGGGAUGACGUGCGGAAGUACGUGAUUGGCCCCCCUGGACCUCCUGGACCCCCUGGAUCAUCUGGGGGUGGAGUUUAUGCCUCUUAUGACAUCAAGGAAGUGGCUGAUCGUGUCCUCAGACUCAUGAAUGAACGUGGGAUGCUUGGAGUAUCUGGACCUCCGGGGCCUCCUGGGCCUCCAGGGCUGCCCGGCUCAACCUAUGGGGACAUUUCAGCCCUCCUGGAAAAGUCUGAGUAUCGCGGGCUUAGGGGACCCCCUGGGCCCCCUGGAGCUACGGGGCCUCCAGGGCCACCAGGUCGCCCAGGGACAUCGUCCAGCAGCGUUUCAGGUUACGGGUUGGAGGACAUUCGGGUCUACCUGCAGAAUUCUGGAUUCAGUGGGCCGCCUGGUCCCCCAGGCCCCCCUGGUCCUCAGGGACCUCCUGGGGACUCCAGAGGACUGGUGUCGUAUGUGGGCAACGCACAGCAAGAUCGCUUCCGCGCAGAGCUCCAGGAGUAUCUGAGAAGUGACAGCAUGCGGAGCUACAUCACAGGGCCGCCUGGUCCCCCUGGUCAGCCAGGCCCACGUGGACCCAAAGGAGAUCGUGGCGACGCAGGGCACAGUUACGACCACAGGACUGUCGAGCAUAGGUACGGCCAGGGAGAGCGGUGGGCUGAAAGACUGGACUACUCCAACGUGGCUCUGAAAGUGACAGAUUACAUCAAGACCCAGGGUCUGCUGCGGGAUGUCAUCUACGAUGGCUCUCACCGCAUUGAUUCGCGUGUCAUCCAAGGACCCCCGGGCCCCCCCGGUCCCCCCGGACCCCCAGGGUACAUCCGUUACACGGGCUCCUACGGCAACGUCACCGCUGAAAUCAUGGACUACAUCAGAAUGCAUGGCUCCGUCGCUGGGCCUCCCGGGAGACCAGGACAGAAAGGAGACAGGGGGUACCCUGGACCAAAAGGAGACAGAGGUGAAAUGGGACCACAGGGUGUCAUGGGACCCACUGGGCCGCCAGGUCACGAGGGCCGGAGAGGAGAGAAGGGGGAGAAAGGAGAGCUGGGUGUCCUUGGGCAUAGGAAGAGGAGGAGCGUGGGAGUUUAAAGGGUUAAACCAGGGACAGCGUGUGCUGUAAUUGGUGGAAAUAAAGCCAGGAUCAAAAUGCCUUUCUUCUUUGGGUCUGUACUGUCUAUCACUUCAUAUAUUAGCAGUGCCUUGGUGGAGUCAAAAAACUAUACUAUCAAAAUAACCAGUAGUGCAAAGCUUGCUUACACAGCAAAUUACAGAGUAUUAACAUUUAACAUUUUUAGAUGCAGAUUUUUGGGGGGGACUUUCCUGUUUAAAUAUAAAAGUGUUUUACUUAAAGUUUUUCUUAGGACCUUUUAUGCACUAUUUGCUUAAACCAGGGGUAAAACAUCAUUUGAGAUUGCUAAAGCAAUAUCUGACUUGUCAAAGGAUA